GCGCAAGGAAGUGACGUUGGAAAGGGAAGGUACCCAAAUCCAGGACAUCCAUGCUUGAUCGAAAAACAACAAAAACGUUUUUUUUUGGACUUAUUGUGGGUAAUUUGAAAUUCAGUCGACUAAUUGCAGCACUAGAUUAUUUGUGAGACCAACGUGGAGGGGGAAGACUGCUGACUUUCAGGGUAACAGUACACGUUUUCAGUGUCUAUCUAGUUAUAUCAAUAGCUAGCUAGCUAAGUUAGCUAACUGCACACACGUGUGAAUCGGUGCCUCAGAUCAUAGCACUAGACUGGUAAAGGGACGUGUAUCGCAGCCUACCAGUCACCAUGGCAGAGGAUACGUUGAUGUUGAACCUCUCGUCUAACUCUGCUCCAGCAUUUCACUCGAAGAGUUAUCGGAGACCAACGUCUCAGGAGAAAUGGGCUUUGAAAAAAGCACAGAAACGAAAAUACUCAGGAAUACAGGAAGGGUUACCUAAUAAACAAGGGUUCAAUGGGCCUAAGACCAAGGACCAACAGCCCCCUGAGGACAAGGAAGAAGAGGAUGUACCAACCCAUAAAAGCCCUGUCCGAAAGCCAGCACCAAAGGUUGCAGCCAAAGCCUUGUCCCCUGAGACCCCAAAACCUGCCCAGAGAUUCAAAGCCCAGCCAAAAAUGACUCCAAAAAGUAAACAUGUAGGGGAACACAAAGGAGGAGAGGACAGUGUGUUCAUAAAGACUUCGUCCCUCUUUAGAAAUAACCCAGAUAUCCCAGAAGUUCACAGGCCUGCUGUGACCCAGCUGAAGGAGAAAGUCUUCACCAGCGACUCAUUUGCAGAGCUGGACCUUCACCCCCACCUGGUGGCGACGCUGACCAAAGUGCUGAAUGUGACCACUAUGACCAGUGUCCAGAAAGAGACCAUUCCUGUCCUCUUGUCUGGUCAAGACGCUGUCGUGCGCUCUCAAACAGGAUCGGGUAAAACUCUUGCCUACGGGAUACCGCUUGUUCAGUCUUUACAAGCAGUGGAACCAAAAAUUAAGAGAGGGGAUGGGCCUCUUGCUGUCAUUGUGGUCCCCACCAGAGAGCUGGCCCAGCAGAGCUUUCAGAUCUUCCAGAAGCUCCUCAAGCCUUUCACGUGGAUCGUGCCUGGAGUCCUGAUGGGGGGAGAGAAGAGGAAGGCAGAGAAAGCCAGGCUGCGUAAAGGGAUUAACAUUCUGAUCACCACGCCGGGCCGACUGGUGGACCACAUCAAGAACACUCUGAGCAUAGCCUUCAGCGCUGUCCGGUGGCUUAUCCUGGACGAGGCUGACCGGAUUCUGGACCUGGGCUUUGAGAAGGACCUGACAGUGAUCCUCAAUUCCUUGAAUGCCACUGGACCUCCCAGGCAGAACGUGCUCCUGUCUGCUACUCUCACAGAUGGCUUAUCCCGGUUAGCUGGGAUCAGCAUGAAGGAGCCGGUCAGCAUCCAGGUGGGAGAGAACUCGGAGGGGAUCAACGAUCUAACUCCGGACCCCACAACAGCCCAGGGCAAAUCGGACCGCUUUGCUGUACCCGAAAGGCUGCAGCAGCACAUGGUGGUGGUUCCCAGCAAACUAAGGCUGGUCUGCCUGGCAGCCUUCAUCCUGUCCAAGUGCAAGUUUGAGAAGGGUCACAAGAUAAUUGUGUUUGUGUCGAGUUGUGAGGCAGUGGAGUUCCUGCUGAUCCUUUUCAACUCCGUGCUCUCUGGGCCAAAAGCCAAACAGCAGCCUCCGCUCAGCUUCUUCCGUCUCCACGGCAACAUGAAGCAGGAGGAAAGGACAGAUGUUUUCCAAGAGUUCUCUCUCUGCAAGACUGGAAUUCUGCUCUGUACGGAUGUUGCAGCACGUGGACUUGACAUGCCUCAGGUGACAUGGAUUGUACAGUACAACCCUCCAACCACUCCAGCAGAGUACGUGCACCGCGUCGGGCGAACUGCCCGUAUAGGAGCUAAGGGAAGCAGCCUUCUCUUUCUCACCCCUGCUGAAAUGUCCUAUGUCACUUCCCUGGCAAAUCACAAUAUCAGCCUGUCCGAGAUGAAGAUGGAGUUGAUUCUGUCAACGCUAAUGCUGGACGACCGCUUCAAAGUCAGGGGAAAGUAUGACGGCAAGAAGUCUUCCGGGGCUCUGGAGCAGGAGGUGCAGGAAAGAGCAACUGUCCUACAGACGGAGUUUGAGAACGUUGUCCAUAACGAUAAUGACUCUGUCCAAGCAGCAAAGAGAGCCUUGCAGUCGUUCCUACGGGCGUACACUGCCUACCCGUCCAACAUGAAGCACAUCUUCCAUAUCAAAGCCCUGCACCUGGGCCACGCCGCCAAGAGCUUCGGCCUGAGGGACGCCCCACAGGGCCUGGUCACCGCCGCUGCCAAGGGCUCCAACAAAGACAAGGGACAGGCCAAGAACAAGAGACCUCUCAAGAAGUUUAGCGCUGAAGAGCGGGUGGCCAGUCUCACGCGCUCCGAAUACGCCAGCGGGAUUGAUGGAGAAUCCGCAGCCAAAAAGAAGAAGAACAAGAAGAAAAGCCAAGCCAAUGGAGAGGAGGACGGAGUGGAAUAGAAGUCAGGGGCUGGAAGGUUAUCCCCGCUCACACAGGACAGCUCUCCUAACUCCUAAACCAAUCUCCUGUCCCUAGCAGCUAUAGUCUAGACAUGUUUGUGAUGGCCCCUCAUAGAUCUAAACCGAUCAAAUUAUAGUUGAAAAGGUAAUAACUCCACCUAGMCCUUUUUUUAGAUUAGGUGGAGUAUCUGUCACUUGAUAUUCAUUACGCCCAGUAUCUUCUCAUCUAAAAUGGUGCACCUAGAACGGGUGAAGGGGUUCUAGGGGUUGAUUUGUGAUUGUGCUGGUUGUGUAGCUUAAGGAUGGGUGAAUUCCAUCCUUACCAUAACCGUUUAACCCUCUACCUUUGCACAAUCACUGUGUGUCUGUACAGAAUUGAUCCCAGAGCAGUGCUUGACACAACACCCACAAGUAUGGGGCACCAGAAGUUGACGUAGUGAGUAUAGUGUUUUUCUUUAGCAGUUCAGAACAGACUGACACAGUCUCAGGUUGUGUGUAUUAUUUUAUAAUGAAUUGUAUGGUGAGCCACGCACCAUGGUCUAUCACGUCAACACAAGUUAAGUAUGUCACUGUUUCAUGAAAAGAGUAUGGUUGUUCUCCAGAAUGUCAGAAUUGUAUUUUCAGCUACUGCAUCGAUAGGAAUUUUGGUAUACAUCUGUGUGGACACGACUUUAAAUGAACAUUUUCAAUUUUGAAAA